AUCAAAUCAUUUUUUUUAUUAAUGAAAAUACGACUUUUGUUGUUCAAACUGAUAUUGGAGGAAUGUGCUUUCUUUUGAAUGUCGCCAAUUGCCCUAGUAGAGAGUGUUCUUGGGAAGAAUACAAGGGUUCGCCAUUUUAUCCCACUCUUCUUAACACUUAUGUUAAGGAGAGCAUGAUUUUGAGCCCGAUUGGAUAUUCAAUAGACAAUCGCGAGCUUGUCAAAUUCCCUCUAUCUUCUUAUUUGGCUUUCCCAGAGCUUAAUAAUUGUUACAUGGAAUUAGUUACCAAAGGAGGUGGAGAGAAAGAUGGAUUUAUUGUACAAGUGAGAUUGGAUUAUGCAUUUAAUGCAUAUUGGACGUUGGACGUGGUGAGAUUUCAUCCCAAUUUCCAGGGUAGUGACGAUGAAUUUGCCACCCUCACAAAGAAUUUCAAGAUCUUUUCCCCAUCUGACGGCUCUAGGUUUAUUCCAAUUUGUUUGUUACCUUUUGAAGGUGAAGGUUCAGGAGCAACCAUGUUUGACGAUGAUGAGGACUAGGCUUAUAGUGAGAGCCUCGAUAGAGGAGACAACAUGGGAUCUGGUCCCCUGCUUCGCACUUGAGACCAGUUUUGAGUUUCGAAAUUUAAACUCUGUUAUCAUUGAUCAAAUAGUUUCCAGAAAAUAUCAACUGUGCCCUUGGCCCCUUGCUAUUGUUUAUGAGAUUGCUUCCUUUUCGUAUUUUUGUUGAUGUUGGUUUUGGUUAGGGA